CCUGUUCUGAGGGAUGAGAGGGAGGGUGUGUGAGAGAGCGAGAGAGAUAAAUUGCAGGCGUCCACGUUGGUGCAGCCUCAUUCAACAGGUCUAACCAUGGAGUUCAAAGGAGUGUGUGUGCUGCUGGGAGUACUACUACUGGUGAACUGCUCGUUUCAGCAGACUCCAGCGAGGAAGAAGCCAGUGAAAAAAGAUACGACAAAGGAUAGUGCCAUCGAGGACCUACAGAAACAGAUCGACAACAUCGUCCAGGAGCUCACUCAUCUGAAGGAACAGCAGGCCCUGCAGACAGUCUGUUUGAAAGGCAUAAAGAUCCAUGGCAAGUGUUUCCUGGCUGACCCUGUGAGGAAGCGCUAUCACACUGCCAGUGAAGACUGUAACUCCAUGGGCGGUGUCCUCGGUACGCCCACAUCCAGCAAUGAGAAUGACCAGCUCAGAGACUACAUCCGCCAGAGCAUCGGCCCAGAUGAGCAGGUCUGGCUUGGCGUCAACGACAUGGUGACUGAGGGAACCUGGAUGGACCAGACCGGCAUCAACAUUGCAUACAAAAACUGGGACACGUCCAAUUCCCGGUCCCCUCAGCCGGACGGCGGCCACUCCCAGAACUGUGCCAUCCUGUCGGUGGCCGCCCGGGGGAAGUGGUUUGACGAGAACUGUCGCGAGGAGAAAGCCUCCGUCUGCCAGUUCAACAUUGUUUGAUCACAUUUAUAUCAAGAUAGACUCUGCUCAUGGUUAUAGCUGCUUUGUCUGUGUACUCUUGCUGCAAUUCCACUUUGCCUGCUAUUCUAAAAGGAGUUUUUAAGCAAGUGGUUCUCAGCUGGUUUUGCAUCUGCACCAAAUUCAGAUCCAGAAGUCACAGUCUGAGUCACAGAAUGAGACAGUGAUAUAUGAAGUUGUUAUUUUUCACUAAAGUGAUCUGUAAUUUGCAGCAUUCCUUGUGGUCACAAUAAAACCAAGGAGAACAAAGUCCAGUUGAGAAUAAGCGAGAAACUGUGGGACAUCAUCUCUUCCUUAAGUGACCUCUGCAAUCAUUUUAUAGGUUUUUGCACAUCUUCUCUUAAACACUAAAAAUGAUAUUUUUUUUCAAUAACAUAAAAAACAUAUAUAGGCUAUAAGAUGUUCAUAAUUCAAAAUACCAGUGUUCCUGCAAUAGAAUGUGAGUGUAGGUGCUGGCACCUUUCACAAAUAUAAAAACUGGGUGUAACUUUCCAUUAUUUCCACACAUCCACACCUCUAUUACAACAGCUCCAUGACUCACUGGUUGAGAACCACUGCUUUAAACUCGAGCAUCCCUUCACAACUAACUACUGUAUUUUAACGCCAAGACUUACAUGGAGCCAGAAAAAUAUAAAUGAUAUUGCAUUUAAAAAAAAAAAAAAGAAGCAACUCAAUCUUCAUCAUCUUCAAUCAGAAUUAAGAGACUUUUUCAGUUUGCUAGGAUUGUAUUCUC